CUGGGCCAUGCUGCGCCCCGGCACCUGCCGCGGGGGAGGCGGCGGCCCCGCCCGGCCGCUCCGCGCGCACCCCGCGCGCACCCCGCGCGCACCGCUCCGCCCCGGCCGCCGCCGAGGAGCCGGACGGGACGGGACGGGACGGGACGGGACGGGACGAGACGGCGGGGCCCGGCCCGGCCCGGCCCGGCCCGGCCCCCGGUCGUGUCCCAGCAGCAGGUGCCCGAGAUGCUGAUGUGAUGCUCACCACUGCUGGCCGUGGUGGGAGCCGUGCUCGUUAGCAGGGCUAUGGGGAAACUGCAGAGUAAAACCAGCUUCCACACCUCCAAAUACAGGGCCAAUGGCUCUGUGGACGAGACAGGACCUGUUCGAGCCAUUCAGCGGCACGGCCCUGCGCACACGGAGGCCGUCACUUCUGUGGCUGCUCUCAAACCGGACCUGUGUGUGUCAGGAGGAAGGGAUAAGAGUGUGGCUGUUUGCAGCUGGAGAUCCGGGGCUGCGCUGCAGCGGUUCAUCGGGCACGAGCGGGAGGUCACCAAGGUCGCCUCUGCCCUUGACUCAAACAGAGUCUUCAGCGCAUCCCGGGACAAGACAGUGAUGAUGUGGGAGCUUCACGGGACUUCGGGACCAAGCCAGCGCUUCCCAGGACAUGACCUGGUUGUUACUGGACUGGCUGUGAGCCCGGAUGCCUCCCAGCUGUGUACGGGUUCACGAGACAACACCGUGUGCAAGUGGGACACAGAGACGGGAGAGUGUCUGGGCAGAGCCACUAUCUCCAGGAACCUGGUCACACACCUGUGCUGGGUUCCUGGGGAGCCUUACGUCAUCCAGGCCUCAGAGGAUAAAACAAUCAGGAUCUGGGACAGCCGGGAGCUGCAGGUGGCACACACGUUUCCAGCCAAGCGGCACAUUCAGACGUGCUGUGACGUGAGCCCGGACGGGCGGUACUGCCUCAGCAGUAGCAGUGGCUCCGCUGGGGAGGGCGGCGAGGCGACCCUGUGGGACCUACGGCAGACGAGGAACCGAGUGCGUGAGUACAAGGGGCAUUUCCAGACCACAACGUCGUGCGUCUUCCUUCCACGGGGCCCAGCUCUCGCCCCCAGCAUCGCCACGUCCUCGUACGACAGCAGAGUGAAGGUCUGGGACCGAGACACUGGAGCCUGCCUGGCCACCUUGUGCCUCGAGGGAUCAGGACCGCUGGCCUCCCUGGCCGUCUGCGACAGCUCCACGCUGCUCUGUGCCAGUUUGAACUCAGGAAUUCAUGUACUCCGUCUGAGUGACCAUGCGGACCUGGUGCUGGAGGAGGUGGCAGUUUUUUGAUUGUAGUAACCUUCCCAGCAGAGACUGCCCUGGGAGGGGAUGCGAUUCCCUGAGAGCUCCCUCCCAUCUGCAAGCACCAGGAGACCUUGUACCUACAGCGCAGCCUUGUGUGAUCAGCAGGGCAGGGGCAUUUACUGGUUUCAGUCUGUGGGUGGCAGGAAGGCCCUAGAGCUGUCUAGAAGAAAAGCCAGAUCAUGGUUGUGUUCAGGCCAAGUUCUCACUCCUGGAA